CUCAACUCAUGGCGGCGAGAUGACCGUGAGCAGGACUGUUGCCGGUGGAGAGGCGUCCGGUGCAGCAACCGGACUGGCCACGUCCGCGAGCUUCAACUCCGCAACACAACCCAGAUGGAUUGUGUGUUUAUCUAUGAAUACAUGAACUGUCAAUCAGUCAUUGUGAUUCAAACAGAAAUUGCAAGCAGCAACGUUGGGAAGACGUCCAUUGUUGUGACUCAUGCAGAAAGUUUUUAUAAACAGAGUAUCUCACCUUUUUCGUGAUUUAUUACAAAUUACUCCAAUUGAGUUCUUGAUAAUGAAUGAAACAAAACUUGUCUAGUACAAGUAAGAUUAAAGCAUGCAAGAUUUAUAUUCGUGUUACGUGGCAGUUUUAUAUUCGCGUUACGCAGCAGAAGCUAGCCUCAACUUUGCAUUGACAUUAACUCCAGUGCAUUGUUCUCUCUUUAAUAAACUCCAGAGUACCAAUAUGCUAUGCAUAGUCCUCUAACUCUCGGUCACAACGACAGCGUUAAAAUCAUGCUGCUGAAUCAAGAGCUUUGGUUGGAUAAAAUAUGAAAGGAAGGCAGGGCACACCAUCAAUAUACAUAACUGAUAAAAAAAACAACAAUUCACAUUCAACCUCUUCAUUGCUUCAAUGUUAUUGGUGUGAAGUGUCUGCUCCUUUCAUCUGCCAUUGUUGCGUAGAAGCCUGGCUGUGAGGUUGUCUUCUAGAAGCGUUAGCUCGGUUUCUCCUUCGAUGACCUGAAUUAUUGUGCUUAUUGCUACUGGUGUUGUUUGUCAGGCUGCGUUGCCCUGUUUCUGAGGUUGAAGUAGUGGUGUCUUCGCAGGGAUCAUUGUCUCCUGCAACUGUAGCUGGCACGCUGGGAGGAAGCGAAACAUACAUUCCAGGCUGUAUGGCGAGCAACUCCUUUUUCUCUUCACCCAGGUCAAUUGUUAAUGAUGCCUAAAGGUGAACGGGUAAAAGAGAAGAGUUAUAGUGGCAGGAGCAGAUAAAGGAAGGACUUGGAGGCCGUAUACAUCUCAUGCUAGCAGGAGCAGCACCUUUGCCAAGGCACAUCGAAGAGUUCAUGCGGGUAACCAGCUACAGUGUCUUACUACAAGGAUACGGGCUCACAGAGAGUUGUGCAGGAUGCUUCACGUCUAUUGCCAAUGUUUUCUCAAUGAUUGGAACAGUUGGCCCUCCUGUCACGACGAUCGAGGCACGACUGGAGUCCGUCCCUGAAAUGGGCUACGACGCGCUGUCAGACACGCCCCGGGGUGAGAUCUGCUUGAGGGACCACACCUUGUUCUCUGGGUACUACAAGCGCCCUGACCUCACUGAAGAAGUGUUAUCAGAUGGCUGGUUCCGUACAGGUGAUAUUGGAGAGUGGCAACCCGAUGGGACGAUGAAGAUCAUCGACAGAAAGAAGAACAUCUUCAAGCUAUCCCAGGGAGAGUAUGUAGCAGUUGAGGUCCUGGAAAGCGCAUACACGCUGUCCCCUCUCGUUGCAUCGGUACGCCAAUUGAAGCCAACAAAAACUAAACCUAAGUACUUGAGCACUUAAUUAUGCUCCGAUUCAACUAGAGAACAUUUACAGUACACCA